CCUUCCUCCCGCGCCCGCCCCGCACGGCACCCGCGCCCGGCCCGCCUCCGCCAGCCUCGCCCGGCGGCCGCGCAGGGGCAGAGCGAGCCGGCGCCGGCGAGGAAUUAGGAGCGAUCCGAGGAGGAGCGAAAAAAAAGGCCCCCCAUCAUCAUCAUCAUCAUCAUAAUAACCAUAAUAAAAGGAGAGCCGGCGCGUUAGAGAGCCUUUUUAAUUUUUAAUUUUUCCCCCUCCUUCUCCUCCUCCCUCCAUUUAAAUUUUUUUCUUUUUUCUAAAUUUUUUCUUCUUUUUUUUUCUUUUUUUUGUUUUUAUUUUUUUUUUGGGUGAGCGCACUCGAAAAUUAACAUUCGCGGUGUCCUGCGCGGUGGGAGCACACGCAGCGGAUCAUCAUCAGUCAUUCACCACCUUGACAACCUCGCCUGUGAUUGACAGCCGGAGUGGCAAAAAGCCAUGAGACUUGGUAGUUGGGUUUGAGGGGCACUUUAAAAAAAAAAAAAAAAAGAGAAAAAAAAAACUGAUUUGGGGAAAGGAUAUUUGCUUUCGCCCCGCUGCUGUCUUGGAAACGAGAGGGGGAGAGUAAGAGAGAGAGACAGGGAGAGAGGGAAGAAAGAAAGAAAAAAGAAGGAAGGAAGGAGGGAGAGUUGUUUUUUUUUCUUCUAAUUUUUUUCUCCUUUUUUAAUGCUGAGUUACCGUAUCGCUUCGCUGAGAUCCAGCAAGCUGAAGAUUUUACUCGAUUGCUUCCAUUGCUGGAGACGCUAAGGGAUUUUUGCCUUUUUUUGGGGGUGAGGGGGGGGGAACUUCGUGUUUCUUUCUUUUCACACUGGCCUUAAAGAGGAUAUAUUAGAAGUUGAAGUAGGAAGGGAGCAAGCAGGCCGAUGGCGCAAAGGUACGACGAGCUGCCCCACUACGGCGGCAUGGAGGGGGUGGGCAUCCCCACCACCAUGUACGGGGACCCCCACGGCGCCCGCCCCAUGCAACCCGUGCACCACCUGAACCACGGGCCGCCGCUGCACUCGCACCAGUACCCGCACGCCGCCCACGCCAACGCCAUGCCCCCCGCCAUGGGCGCCUCCGUCAACGACGCCCUCAAGAGAGAUAAAGAUGCCAUCUACGGACACCCCCUGUUCCCUCUUUUAGCACUGAUUUUUGAGAAAUGUGAAUUAGCUACAUGCACACCCAGGGAGCCCGGGGUAGCGGGAGGCGAUGUUUGCUCCUCUGAGUCUUUCAAUGAAGACAUAGCAGUGUUCGCCAAACAGAUCCGAGCAGAGAAACCCCUCUUUUCCUCUAAUCCUGAACUGGAUAACUUGAUGAUUCAAGCCAUACAAGUAUUAAGGUUUCAUCUGUUGGAAUUAGAGAAGGUACACGAAUUAUGUGACAAUUUCUGCCACCGGUAUAUUAGCUGUUUGAAAGGAAAAAUGCCUAUCGAUUUGGUCAUAGACGAUAGAGAGGGCGGAUCAAAAUCGGACAGUGAAGACAUAACAAGAUCAGCAAAUCUAACGGAUCAGCCCUCCUGGAACAGAGACCACGAUGACACGGCAUCAACGCGCUCUGGGGGAACCCCCGGACCCUCCAGCGGAGGACACACAUCACACAGCGGGGACAACAGCAGUGAGCAAGGUGACGGCUUGGACAACAGUGUAGCUUCCCCCAGCACAGGUGAUGAUGAUGAUCCAGAUAAGGACAAAAAGCGACAUAAAAAGCGUGGCAUCUUUCCCAAAGUAGCCACAAAUAUCAUGAGGGCAUGGCUGUUCCAGCAUCUAACACACCCUUACCCUUCAGAAGAGCAGAAAAAGCAGUUGGCACAAGACACAGGGCUCACUAUACUUCAAGUGAACAAUUGGUUUAUUAAUGCUAGAAGAAGAAUAGUUCAGCCCAUGAUAGACCAGUCCAAUCGAGCAGUAAGUCAAGGAACACCCUAUAACCCCGAUGGGCAGCCAAUGGGAGGUUUUGUGAUGGACGGCCAGCAGCACAUGGGCAUCCGAGCACCAGGGCUGCAAAGUAUGCCAGGGGAUUAUGUGUCUCGGGGUAGUCCAAUGGGUAUGAAUAUGGGACAGCCAAGCUAUACGCCGCCCCAGAUGCCCCCCCAUCCUGCUCAGCUGCGUCAUGGCCCCCCCAUGCAUACCUACAUUCCUGGACACCCUCACCACCCAGCGAUGAUGAUGCAUGGAGGACCACCCCACCCUGGAAUGCCCAUGUCAGCAUCAAGCCCCACAAUGCUUCAUACCGGCGAGCCAGCAGUGAGCGGACAAGUGAUGGACAUUCAUGCUCAGUAGCUUAAGGGAAAUACACGUUGUCUGCAACGAUGGUAGAUUUCAAACAUUGUCUUUCUGCAAUGACUAUGGAGUUCUUGGCGUCAACUUUGGACCAAGGGACGUUCCAAUUCUUCACAGGGACCCUGAAAAGCAGGAAAACACCAACUGAAGUCAACUUCUGGGGACAUGCUGAAUACCUAUAUAAGACAUUAAGAAAACAAAGAGUGAAAUAUUGUAAAAUGCUAUUAUAC